CUUUGAUCAAAAACCCACGAAUAUUAUUAUUAGAUGAAGCUACUUCUGCUCUUGAUACUGAAUCAGAGCGACUAGUACAAGAGGCAUUAGAUAAGGCUGCUACUAAUAGAACAAGUUCUAAUUCUAAUGAUGAUACUACUGUUUUAAUAGAUGAAAAGAAACAUAAAUUACAUUUAAGAAAAAUGUCUACCAGAGGUUCAACUGUUAAAUCUCUAAAGAAUGAUGAUGAAAUCAAAAAAGAAGAAAUGGAGAAAAAAUUAUUGGAAAAAAUGCCAUUAGCAAGAGUAUUUAAAAUGUGUAAACCUGAGUAUGGAUUAAUGUUUAUUGGCUGUAUUGGUUCUGGAACUGGUGAACGUCUCACAAAACGUCUUAGAAGAUUAACUUUUGAAGCAUUAUUAAACCAAGAAAUUGCAUACUUUGAUGAUGAAAAAAAUGGAACUGGUGUGUUAACUUCAAAAUUGGCUGUAGACGCAACGAAAGUUGAAGGGUUAAGUGGUAGUCUAAUGGCAACUGUUUUACAGAAUUGUUUUAAUUUGGCUGUUGGAUUUACACGCGCAGCAUAUGAAGGCACUGGUCAAAUAGUUCAACAAAGUGUUUCCAAUAUGCGAACGAUUGCGGCAUUAACUAGAGAAGAAACCUUCAAAACAGUAUAUCAAAAUGCAAUAAGAGAACCACAUAAAAUCGCAAUUAAAGGAAGUUUGCUAUCAUCAUUUGGAUUUGGUACAUCUCAAGGAAUUUUGUACUUUAUUUGGUCUCUAUCAUUUUGGUAUGGUGCACAAUUAAUCAAGGCUGAUGAAUAUGAUUUACAACAAAUGCUUCGAGUUAUGUUUGCUGUUGUGUUUACCGCUGUUUCUCUUGGACAAAUGAGUACAUUCGCACCAGAUGUCGCAAAAGCAAAAGUUGCGGCCCUUUCAAUCUUUGAAAUUUUAGAUAGAAAAUCUCAUAUAGAUCCUACAGAUAACGAAGGCAAAGACCGUCCUGCACCAGUAUUAGGAGAUACUUCAUUCCACUCUGUUCAUUUCAAUUAUCCUGCUCGUCCGAAUGUACCAAUACUUCGAGGUUUGGACUUGUCAAUAUAUUCUGGAAAGACCAUUGCGCUUGUUGGAUCAUCAGGUUCAGGGAAAUCAACGGUUGUUUCGUUAUUGCUAAGAUUUUAUGAUGUGAAUUCUGGAGAAGUUGAAGUUGAGGGUGUUAAUGUAAAGCAAUGGAAUUUAGAGUAUUUAAGAGCAAAUAUGGCGUUGGUUGGACAAGAACCUGUGUUGUUUGAUUUGACAAUUGCAGAGAACAUUGCAUAUGGAAAAGAAGGUUGUUCUACAGAAGAAAUCGAAGAAGCUGCGAAAGAAGCAAAUAUCCAUAAUUUUAUUACAGCUUUACCGGAUGGGUAUAAUACUCGUGUAGGUGAAAAAGGAACACAACUUAGUGGUGGUCAAAAACAGGUUAAUAACUUUUUUGGCUCUUUGACUUUAAUUCGUUCUCCAAAGAUUUUAUUACUUGACGAAGCAACUUCAGCACUAGACUCUGAAUCUGAAAAAGUUGUGCAAAAUGCAUUGAAUAAAGCCAGUAAAGCCCAUCGAUUAUCAACAAUUCAAAAUGCCGAUUUAAUCUUGGUUUGUAAAAAGGGUAAAGUUGUUGAAACUGGUAAACAUUUUGAUUUAAUAAGUCAAAAAGGAUUGUAUUAUGAAUUGGUUAACAAACAAACUUUGAUAAAGAAAAAUGAUUAA